UCUGGUUCCUCCUCAACAAUGAAGUUGACCCCAGAGUUGCUGGCGCAGGCCACCUCUACUAUGAAUCCUUUGAAGGAGAGACAGCUCGACUUGAGGGGAUACAAAAUUCCUGCCAUUGAAAACUUGGGUGUCACUCGGGAUCAACACGACGCGAUGGAUUUCACUGACAAUGCGAUCGUCGUCCUCGGGAAUAUGCCUCUCUUGAAGCGUCUCAACACCCUCCUACUCGCGAACAAUCAGCUGUCGCACAUUUCGCCGGCGAUUCACAUCUCCAUCCCUAACCUCACGACUCUCAAUCUCACGAAUAACCAGUUCACUGAGCUGGGCGACUUGGAGCCGUUGAAAGAACUACGGAACCUGAAGUACUUGUGUUUACUUGGGAACCCUGUACGGGAGAAAAAAUGGUAUCGCGAGUGGCUUGCCUGGAGAAUUCCUGGGCUGAGAGUUUUAGAUUUCCAGAGGAUUCGAGACAAGGAGCGCAAAACGGCCAAAUCGCUCUUCCUUACGGCGGACAACCUGCCUACCGCUCUGGCGACGACGCUGUCCACGACGGUGUCGACUCAAUCGACCAAAUCCGUCAUCACGACGGACGAACCGAAAAUCGCGUCCUUGACAGGAAAGGCGGGACGAUUGAUGUCAAAGGAGGAUGCGGAAAAGGUCAAGGCCGCCAUUGCCAAGGCCACGUCGAUGGAGGAGGUCAGGCGUUUGGAGCGAAGUCUGAGAGAAGGCUACAUGCCGGAAAUGGAGUCGGUAGGAGCAUGA